AUGGCGGAAGACAAGUCUGAUGCGCCUCCCAAGAUUGACCGCCAGACAACAACUCCAUUUCAUCUGAAGCUGUUCUACCGCCAGCACGCCUUCCAUCAUCUCUCAGAUUUCCCGAUUCCCCCACCUCCAUCCGCCGGAACCGCAAACGCGUCCAACCCCCCUCCUCCGCUUCCCCCACACCUUCAGAUUUACACCUGGCCGUCUUGUUCUCUACGCGAACUUGCCCAGCUCCUAACGUCAUGCCUACCUUCUAUUCUCCCGAACCCUGCUAUCGGAACGCGCCUGAGCUUUCGGCUCAUAUACCCUGAUUCAAGAAAUCAAGGAAAUGCAGGCGAAGGGCGGGGAAGGUACUUGAGUCGAGAUAUGGGUAGCGUAAUUGUCGGACCAAGUGAAAACAAGAACACAGGAAGACGUGAAAAGGAUCAUCCAGCAAACGGAGCAUUUAAGCUUCAAGGCGAUGAAGCGGAUAAAUGCUUACAGGAUUUCCGCUUUGUGAUUGGUGACUACGUCGAUUGUGCUGUCCUCCCGCCUUUGUCCGAUGGCUCUAUUGCGCCCGCCGUCAUAAACAGGGGAGUGGCUGGCAGUUUAACAAUUGGUGGGGGGAUGAGGGCCUUUGGCAAUGGACCAUCUUCAUCAAGGGAAAAUGGUUUUGGCAGACCAAGGGGGGCUGGAACGCUGAGUAGGGGAGGGGGUUUCCCUCCGACUGGCCCAUCUGGAGUCCCAUCAGGGGAAUGGAGGAGAGGAGAAAGGGUCCCUGAAGCAGGAGGGCGUGGCUUCGGUCGGGGCCAUCCAAGGAGUCGUGGAAGACCCUAUUGA